AAUACAUGCAGAUGAGGAAGAGAAAGUGAUUACAUCAGAGAAGAGUCAGCAUGGUCACAACUCAGACGAAAAUGAGCAACGGCACUAACACAGUAAUGGCAGUCUCGCAGGCGAUGGACAAAGGGAAGGUUGGGGAGUGCACUGAACUCCUUCGCAAGAUUUUCCACUACCAGGGAGGACGAAACAGAGUGGCUAGAGAUGGCCGAAACCCCUCUGGCUGGUUUAGGUUUCCAGUAAAUCCUGAUGAUGUGCCGGGGUAUUGUGAAGAAAUUGAUCAGCCAAUGGAUUUUACAACUAUCCAGGAGAAACUAAAUGGCAACCAGUACAAUAAUCUCGAUGAAUUCAAUGCUGACAUGCUACUUGUUCGAGACAACUGCACUAAAUUCAACAGGGAUGAAGGCAGCCAGAUCCGUAUGGACAGCAACAUUGUGUUCGACUUUUAUUGCAAAGAAUUUGAAAAACUGAAGAACAAGAAGAAGAAAACGCAAGAGGGAAAACAUAGCAGUUGGAAUGUAGGGCAGUACAUGCGCGCCCAGAAAGAGGCCAGGCUUGACAUGGCUCACUCCAGUGCAAUGAAAGUGGUCCAAAAGCAAGUUGUGCAGCUGGAGAAUACUAUUUUAGAGAAAGAAGAUCGUGUGAGAGAACUGAAUGCAGAUAUUGAAUGGAGAGAAAGACUACAGUGCGAUGUAAGAACUGCAACAACUGAAACUACAACACAAGUAGCGCUUGAUCCAGCCAAUCAACUGAUGCAAGUAGACCAGAAAGGAAACAGGAGGGGCCCUGAAGUGAAAGUGACAGUUCCAACUCGAGUUAUUCCAAAUGACACUGACACUACCCUAUUGGAUCCGAAGACAGCUAGCAGUCGCGUUAAAAAAACUGUUACGGCUUUAAAAUCGGUGCAUGGUGGUGAUGUGCAAAAUGUUAAAGAUGAUCAUGGUGAAUUCAACAGAUAUUUUUAUUGUGGGAUUCCAUGUUUGUUGGUAACCACCCACGUGCAAGUGCAGAAUAGUCUAUCGAAGUUCUUUUUGUAG